AAAAUGAUAAUCAAAAUGAAGUCAUUAAUUAAUUUAGCGUUCCUACUAAUCGUUUUGGGAGUUCAAAUAAAAGCAGAAGUAAAUGACACUGAAGAAGUUACAGUUUACAAGAAAAGUGAAAUUUUAUCUAGGAAGAAAAGAUUUCUCAUAUUUCCUGAAGGAAGCUCUCUGCAAUUGGUUUUCUGCACAACAUACGCCAUGGUGUUCAGUAUAGGAGAUAUAUUCCUGUACGGUUCAACUGCAGCUUUAGCUUGGGAGUUGCCCCAGGAUCCUUAUUCUCCAUUUAAUCAUCAUGCGGAUCCUCUUCAUCGAAGAGUCGAUACCAAAACUAUUUAUUACACCGAUGAAGAUGGGAGGAUUAUUGAUAAGAAGCCGUAUCACAGAAAACCCAUAGCAAAUCCCGCUUUCGCGAAACGUAGUGUGGACGAACCGGACAAAAAAGGAACUUUAGAGAAAUUCAAAAUAGACAGGAAACAGAUGCAUGCUUCGGAAAACAAACGGGAAUAUUUGAACGGACGCAUGGAAGAACGGAGCGUCGAAUUUCACAGGAGCAGUCGCGCUGCACUCUACCAGAAAAUAGAGACGAUGCUGCAUGGCCUUGGUGUAAACGGCAAGCAUUGUGUGCUAAAAACAUUAUGCUUGGUCGGUAAAACGCAGGACCAUCCUCAAGGCAUGUUUUUCCAGGAAAUAAUGAGGGCCGUUUUUACUUUACCCAAAAACUCACAAGGAGUAGACAAGCUCGUGGAGUACGAUGCAGCGCACUCAGCUACCGAAUCCUGUGAUGAGCUGUACCCAGAAUGUGAUGAACCUCCACUGGAGCCUGAUGCACCGAGAUUUGCUUAUACGAAAACAUUUUUGAAGUUCGUCAUUGUUCCAAAUAUGAAUAGUAUCCUUUCAUAUUUCGUUACGUUCCUAGUUCUACAGACAGUAAUUAGUGAAAAUGUUAAGGACAAUGGAAAUAAUACGGUUAAUGAAUUUCACGAGGAAAAUGAAGGAUCAAGAGCGUUGUCUAGACGAAAGAGAUUCGUAAUAUUUCCAGAUGGAAGCUCUCUGCAACUCGUAUUUUGCUGUCAAACCGCAGCGUUGAUCCCCAUCGGCGAUAUUUUCCUAUUCGGCAGUACCGUGGGUCUAGCCUGGAAUCUGCCCACAGACCCCUCGAUAUUCCACACAUUCAAAGACUUCGAGAGACCUCUGCGAAGAAGUGAUGUGGUCAAGACCAUCAACUACUUGGAUGAAGAUGGCAGACUUAUUGCGAAAGUUCCUUAUAAAAGGAGGCUGAUAGUGAAUCCAGCAUUCUCUAAAAGAAGCGUGGAAGACAAAAGCAUGUCGUACAAAGAGAAACUGAAACUGAAGAUAGAUCGCAAGAAGAUGCAUGAGAAACAUUUCAAAUUCGACUACUUGAAGCAUCAUAACUUGGAUAAGAAUAGUAUAGAUUUUCAUAGACGUAAUAGAGUGGAGCUGUAUGGGAAGAUUGAGAAAAUGUUGGAAGCAAUGGGUCGAGAUGGGCGUCAGUGCGUGCUUUACAAGCUAUGUGAGGCAGCACAGCAGCAUACUCAGCAGGGGACGUUUGUGCAAGAAUUCCUGCGUGCUGUUUUUACGUUACCGAAAGGCGAAGAGUUCCAACGCGAUGAACAUAAGGAUUACGACAAAGCUCAUGUGGAGACUGAAAACUGUUCAGAACUGUAUCCUGGGUGUGAAAAUAUACAUGAAUCAAUACAACUAUAAGGUUAUUUAAUUA